GAUGACAAGUCAAAAACAAAACUUGGAUGUCAAUGUCAUAAGUCAGCUGGUAAAAAAAGGUUAGAAAUUUUAAUUAUUGAUUUCUUUUGUCAUAAUACAAUAUUAAAAAACAACAAAGCUAUUAUCAUUAAUAAUAUAAAAGAGAAAAUAAUUUCUCAGAUAGUUUCUUUCAAAAAUAUAUAAGUGACAAAUCGAGUUAAUACAUCACAAAAAAAGAUAUUUUCGCACAUCUUAUUUAAAGCAGUAACAAUGGCGUUUAAAAUGAACUAUAGUUUUGAAGGCAAUUCCAAAUCUAGACCAGAACAAAAUUUGUCUGGAGCAAGUAAAAAAAUGACGAAAGAUGUUUUAUUACAAAAAACUCAAGAAGAAAGACGCAAAAGACAGGAACAAAGAUUGAAAUUACAAAGUGCAGAACUGUUACAAUCACAUAUUCGCAGUUACAUUGUAAGAAAAAAGAAAAAACACGAGGAAAGAAAUAUAUUCGACGAAAUACAAAGCACUGCUGGUAUUCAAAUACUUCUAGGCAAAUUACUAUUUUUUUAUGAUCCUCAGCAAGAUAGAGCUAGAUUGUUAAAUAUUGGAGAGAGAGUAGUCACAUGUCAAGGAGAUGUUCUUCAGCAAAUGAAUGCUGAUAUAUCAUUUUCUUGGUUAAUAAAACGGUUUCUACUUGUAUGUCUUAAAAAUGUUAUGGAUAAUUUUGAAAGCAUGAUUCUCAUGAAGUGUUUGUACAUUUUUACAACAGAUGCCCAUACUUUUAGCUAUCUUAUAUCUAAAGAUUAUUUUGGACAUCUAAGAAAACAACUAGAAAGUGGAAGCCAUCACUUGAAUGAAACGAUAGUUCUAAUUCAAAAACCUUUCAAAUUUAUAAAUGAUAAUGAUUAUCUAAGUAACUUAGUACUAUCAGAAUUCUGCAUACAUUUUUUGAAACCACAACUUACACACAAUGUAAAAAACAUCUUGAUUCCAUUUAUGAAGAGCCAACCCAAAGAUUUACCAUUUGAAAAAUUGAUUUGUUAUCUUAAUAGUGGAUUUCAUGUUGAAGGUGGUCAUAGCUUAUUUUACUGUAUUCUGGAUUUGGAACCUGAUGAUUAUGAACCAGGGUAUGACAGCAUACAGGUACUUUCAAAACUGAGUACUAAUAUUCAUGAAUUGAAACCUUCUUCUGAUUUAACAAAUGCAGAUAGUGAUGAUGAAGAGGAAGAAGAUCCCAUAACUACAGAAAAAAGACUGUUACUAUCAGAUUAUAUGAAAAUUCUCAAUAAAUAUGGAAAAGUUAAGAAGUGGAUUAAUUAUUUUUUAAAAAAUAGUAAUGAUGAAAAAGUAUUGCUGGCUUUUACGAAUUUUUGCCACAAUUUAUUGUUAGUUUACAAGGAUUCAAUGAGAAAAUAUCUCUUACUUUAUAAAUUUGGACUAAGCAGUACCUACCUUACGAAACUCUGGGCUUAUUUAAAUAAAAACAAUAAAGAUCAAUUCCAAUCUAAAAUUUCAAGUAUAGUUGCUUGGAGAGAUUAUCAUACUGUGGUGUCAGUCUUUUGUGAUAUGUUCACAUUUUAUACUGAAACUUUAACAGAUAGUGAAAACUCAGAUACAAGUCACACUUUUUCUCAGAAUGAUCUCUUCUCAAUGUCAAAAUUAUUAAAAAAUGUCUCAAGAGGAUUAAUAGAAGUUGCAUUUCCAAUGUGCAGAUCUAGUUCUAUACCAACCACUCCUGAAGUUCUUCAUUUGUAUAAAGUAUGUUUGCAUUGUGUCAGGAUGCUGUAUACACUAGAUUUAAGAAAAAAAUUUUGCACACCUGGUUUUUGGACAGCAGAUAAAAUUCAUAUACCGCCUGAUUUGGCCAAGAAAGAUUAUUUGUCGAAAAAAAUUUCCACAUUUUACGGAACCAAAGACGAAGAAGAUGAGCAUUUACCUCCACUUUCAACAAUUGAGCAACGUUCGUUGGCAAUUUUAGAGGAACUUCCAUUUUUAAUAAAUUUUAAUACUAGAGUAUUACUGCUUAGAGAUUUAUGUCGAAGUAGUCUAGGAGAAGACGAUUAUCAAAGACUCCAUCACGAAUUGAUGCACGAAAAUGUAGUUGUAAUAAGACGAACGCAUAUUUAUGAAGAUGCAUUUGAUAAAAUUUCCCAAAAAAGUGAAUUGGAUCUGAAACAUACACUUAGAAUACAAUUUAUAAAUAACGUUGGAUUGGAAGAAGCAGGCAUAGAUGGUGGUGGAAUUUUCAAAGAAUUCUUGAAUGAGGUACUGAAAACGGCAUUUGAUCCUAACAGAGGGUUCUUCCUUUUAACAGCUGAUAACACAUUAUAUCCUAACCCAAAUGUUCACUUGAUAGUAGAAAAUUUUACAGACCAUUAUUACUUCAUUGGAAGACUUGUUGGAAAGGCAAUAUUUGAAAACAUAUUGGUGGACUUGCCGUUAGCAGAAUUCUUUUUAGCUAAGUUGUUGGUGGAUAGAGCACCCGCGCAUUAUUUAAAAUCUCUAGAUCCAGUAUUAUAUAGAAACUUAAUAUAUCUAAGAGAAUAUAAUGGAGACAUAAGUGACUUAGGUUUGGAUUUUACUACCGUAAAUAAUGAUUUGGGGGAAACUAGGAUUAUGGAUUUAAAACCAAACGGUGCCAACAUUCCAGUCACAAAUGAAAACAGAUUAGAAUAUAUCCAAAGAUUAGCCGAUGUCAAAUUAAAUAGUCAAUUGAGAAGGCAGUGUACUGCAUUUAGAGACGGUAUUAACAGUGUAGUGCCAAUAACAUGGUUAAAAUUAUUUAGUCAUACUGAGUUACAAGUCAUUAUUGGUGGUGAUACUCAAGAAAUAGAUGUUAGUGAUUUGUGUGCUCAUACAGCUUAUGGAGGAGACUUCUCAGUAGAUCAUCCAACUAUUAUUAUAUUUUGGAAUAUAGUACACAGGUUUACAGAAGUUCAGAAGAAACAAUUAUUGAAAUUUGUAACCAGUUGCUCAAGACCACCUUUGCUUGGUUUUAAGGAAUUAAAUCCUCCUUUCUGCAUCCAAUCUUCAGGAACAGAAAAUAGAAUGCCUACUGCAAGUACCUGCCUAAACUUACUCAAAAUUCCUAUCAUUACAGAUGAAGAAACUUUAAAAAACAAAUUAUUAUCGGCUAUUGAGCAACAAGCUGGAUUUGAAUUGUCGUAGUUCUAUUUAAGAUUCUGUUAACGCCUUUGUUAUACUUUAAUAAAUUUUAUUACUUUGAUUUGAAUAUAUGGUAA